GUCGCAUUUACGGCCAUGCCUUCGUUCAAUAUUGUAGUUUUUGGCGGUGACGGCGUUGGUCCUGAGGUCAUUGCAGAAGCAGUCAAGGUCCUGAACGUCGUUGCAACCCACUCGGAUGUCAAGUUCAACUUUCAGGAGCACCUUUUUGGAGGAUGUUCUAUCGACGCCCACGGGAGCCCACUGACCGAUGACGCCCUCGCUGCAGCAAAGUCAGCAGACGCCAUCAUUCUCGGAGCCGUGGGCGGGCCUAAAUGGGGUACCGGCAAAGUCCGCCCCGAACAAGGCAUCCUCCGUCUCCGCAAAGAACUCGGCACAUUCGGGAAUCUGCGACCCUGCUUCUUCGCCUCGGAAUCCCUCGUCAAUAUAUCACCCCUCAAGGCCGAGAUCUGCAGAGGCGUCAACUUCACCAUCGUUCGCGAGCUGACGGGUGGCAUAUACUUUGGCGACAGGAAGGAGGACGACGGCGACGGCAAGGCUCUCGACACCGAACCGUACUCGGUGGAAGAAGUUGAACGAGUGGUGCGGUUAGCCGGCAGCCUUGCUUUAGUGGAAGAUCCGCCGGUACCGGUAUGGAGCUUGGAUAAAGCUAACGUGCUGGCCACGUCGAGACUAUGGCGGAAGACCUUCGAACGCAUCAUGAAAGACGAGUUCCCAACUCUCAAAUGUGGUACACAUCUCAUCGACUCGGCGGCCAUGCUCAUGAUCAAGAGCCCAAAUGCACUGAAUGGAGUCGUUGUCACCAGCAAUCUGUUCGGCGACAUCAUCAGCGACGAGGCCAGCGUGAUUCCAGGCAGUCUGGGGCUCUUGCCCAGUGCUAGCUUGGGUGGCAUCCCGGACGGCAAGACCAAGAUCAAUGGCAUCUAUGAGCCCAUUCACGGGUCCGCUCCCGACAUCGCAGGCCAAGGCGUCGUCAACCCCGUCGCAACUAUUCUCUCAAUGAGCAUGAUGCUCAAGUACUCCCUCUGCCAGCCAGAUAUCGCCCGAAAGAUCGACGAGGCUACCAAGAUCGUUAUCGAGAACGGUAUCCGAACAGCCGACAUUGGCGGAACCUCAAAAACGGCAGAAGUUGGUGACGCGGUUGCUGCUGAGCUCGAAAAGCUUCUCAAGCAAUAGAGUCCGCUUCUGGACAGGACAGAUUCCGGCGAAUAGGUUACUAAUGGACGUAAUCCGAGUCACAGCGAAUGGAUCAUCUGCGCUAUAUGGACAAACCCAAGGCAUAAGCCUGUAUGUAGAAAGCGCGGCCACCCCUCACCGUUGUGGUGGUGGACGAGUUAGCGAGUUAACGAGAUACUGAAACUGCAUAAAUUUGGACCAUUCACUUUAAUU